CUGAGCGACUAUCAGGCGGAGCGUCCAGGAAGUGUCAAAGCGCCUGCUACAAAGUAGCCGCAGCAAGUCCGGGUCCGGUGGGAGUGGAGGCGGGAAGAAGCCCCGCCCCGUGGGCGGAGCUAACGAUAGAGCGCGGCGUGGACCCGCCUUCCCGGCGCGCCAGGUGGUGUUGUCCCGCCCCGCUGGGAGGCCAUCGACUGCGUCAGUUCGAUUGGUCAGCCUGGCUGCGCUAACGGUCGCGUAGGCGGGGCUUAGGCCGCGGGGGCGAGCGCGGUGGAAGCCACGGGCUGUGACCGAGAUCAAGAUCCACUUCCGGACAUGAGACUCAUUGGGUGAUCAUUUUAUUGAGAUUAACUUGAACGACAGGUGUAAACAACAAAGGAAUCACUAUGACUGAGGGAAGUCAAAUAUUUUUAUUGCCGAUCUCUACUUCAGAUUCUACAAAAGAACCGCUGUCUCCAGUAGCCUCUAAAGCCCAGGAUCCUAGCCUUUUAUCAAACAGACUCAUGAUUGAAAAACAGCAGGAGGAAGCAGAAUGGGAAAGCAUCAAUGGGCUAUUGAUGACACAUGGCUUCAAACCUUUAUGUCUAGUCAAAGGAGCAGAUCUCAGAGAUUUCAUUGUUUUUGACAAACAAUCAUCACAAAAAAUGAGGCAGAUUUUGAAAACGUUGAUGGAAGAAACAACACGUCAGCAGAGCAUGAUACGGGAGCUCAUAGAGACCAACCAGCAACUGAAAAGUGAACUUCAGCUAGAACAGAACCGAGCGGCACACCAGGAACAGCGAGCCAAUGACCUGCAGCAGAUUAUGGACAGUGUGAAAUCCAAAAUUGGUGAAUUGGAAGAUGAAUCCCUAAACAGGGUUUGCCAGCAACAAAAUAGAAUAAAAGACCUUCAAAAGGAAUAUAAAAUGUUACAGAUGAAAUGCCAGCAAUAUAAGAAAAACCGAAUGGAGCAAGAGGGGACCAUUGCUUCUUUGCAAAAGGAGAUCCACAGACUUGCCAAAGAGGAGGAAGAGCGCAUCCUCACUCAGAACAGAGUGUUUGCCCAUCUCUGCAGAAGAGUCCCUCACUCAGUCUUGGAUAAACAAUUGCUGUGUCUAAUUGAUUACUAUGAAUGUAAACUUAGAAAACUUCAUAUACAAAGGCAGUUUGAGGAAGACAGUCAGUCAGAAGAAAAAGACUUCACAAACCUGGGUGCCUCACCAAAUUAUAAAGGCGUUCUGAUGUCGUUACAGAAGCAACUCAAGGAAUCCAAAUCCAGGAUCGACGUGCUGGUAGGUGAGAAGCUGAGCCUCCAGAAAGAUCUGGAAAACAGGCCCACAGAACAUGAAUUAAGACUUUAUAAACAACAAGUGAAGAAACUGGAAAAAACCCUGAAGAAAAACAUAAAAUUACAAGAUCUUAUUGGUCAAAAAAAGUCUGAUGACACGGAGAAAAAAGAUGAGCCCAGCAAAGACAGCCAUCAGCAGGCUCUCAUUGAGCAGAGCUACUUUCAGGUGCUGUGCAGCAUCAAUUCAAUUGUUCACAACCCACGAGCUCCAGUGAUUAUUUAUAAACAGAGCAAAGGAAGAGCCCCAAACGGCAAUAAAGAUAUUGGUCAAGAUUGUGGAUUUGAACAUCUUGUUCCUAUAAUAGAAAUGUGGGUAGAUGAACUGACAUCCUUAAAGGAUUUGUAUAAGUCCUUGAAAAUACUGUCUGCAGAACUGGUGCCUUGGCAUAGCUUAAAGAAACUGGAUGAAAAGGAAGGUGUCAAAGUCGGAGAUCUGUUGUUUAUGGUGGAUACCAUGUUGGAAGAAGUUGAAAACCAGAAAGAGACCAGCAGCACGCCGAACUCUCAAACUUUGCAAGCUAUCGUUUCUCACUUCCAAAAGCUAUUUGAUGUGCAGUCUUUAAAUGGAGUCUUUCCCCGGAUGAAUGAAGUGUACACCAGGCUUGGAGAAAUGAACAACGCUGUAAGGAACCUUCAGGAGCUCUUAGAAUUAGACAGUUCAUCAUCAUUGUGUGUGGUGGUCAGCACAGUUGGUAAACUGUGUGAGAUAAUUAACAAGGAUGUGAGUGAGCAGGUUAAACAAGUGUUAGGACCUGAGGAUCUACAAAGUAUUAUCAAGAAAUUGGAAGAGCAUGAGGAAUUUUUCCCAGCGUUUCAAGCUUUUGCUAAUGAUCUUCUUGAAAUCUUAGAGAUUGAUGACCUGGAUGCCAUCGUACCUGCAGUAAAGAAAUUAAAGAUCCUUUCAUACUGAAAACAAACCAGGCUGACUCCCUUGGGCGUUAUCCUCCCUGCACGUCACUGAAGAGGCCUGUUCUUACUGCUGUCUACUGGAUCUCUAGUCUCAGUAUUCAGUCUGAUGGCGGGGGCAGUGUCCUGCAUCACACCCAUGACUACAAGCUACUUUAGGCUACCCCAUAUGCUUCUUUUUAAAAUGCCACUCUUACUGGUUGAUAUAUAGAUUAUUUUAAGUAUUUCCAGGAGGCCAGCAUAGUGGUAUGGCGAGUGCCAGUGAACAGGGAUUCAGACUCCUAGGAGUUGUGACUUGGACAACAUAAAAUAAUAUCUUAGGUUCCUUCUUACUUUAUAGUCCUUUGCUUUGUCACCCUGUAGUUAAAUUUCUAAAUAGUAACCCAGUGGUUUUCGACCUUCCUAACGCUGUGACCCUUUAGUUCACUUCCUCAUGCUGUGGUGAACCCAACCAUGAAAUUGUUUUCAUUGCUAUUUCACAACUGUAAUCUUGCUACUCUUAUGAAUUGUAAUGUAAAUAUUUGUGUUUCUGAUAAUCUUAGGUGACCCCUGUGAAAGGGUCAUUCAAGCCCCCAAAGGGGUUGUGACCCAUAGAUUGAGAAACUGCUAUAACUAACCCAUAACCUGUAGAAUGUUUUGAUGAAGUUGUUUUAAAAAACAUUUGGUUAUUUAUUCUGAAUUGAUUGAAUUACUCUCAAGAAAAUUUUGUGAGGAUUGGAAGUCUUUCUAAAACUUUGGAUAUGGUUUAAUUUUAUUAAUUUUAAGUGUGUGUGUGUGUGUCUGUGCAUGCACAUCAUGUGUGAUUGCAGGUACCCAUGGAGUCCAGAAAAGGGUGCUGGAUUCCCGGAGCUGGAGUUACCUGCAGCUGUGACCGACCCAAUGUGGGUACUGAACUGAACUGAACUCUGGUUCUCUGCAAGAGCACUGGGCACUCAUAACCACUGAGUAGCUCACUGGCCCAAAGGUUGGAAGUCUUGACAAUGUGCAGUGUGUGUGUGUGUGUGUGUGUGUGUGUGUGUGUGUGUACAUGCACGUGUUUAAGAUGGGUUGUCCCAUAUUCCAGGUUGGCUUUUGAACUCACUAUUGCCAAAGCUAACUUUGAACUCUGCACCACCCUCAAGUGAUAAUAUUAGAGGCGUAUGCCCCCACAUCUGGCCUUAACAAUAUUUGAGAAAAAAAGAAAUGCAACUAAAAGAUUAUAAUAGGGGUUAGAGAGAAGGCUCAGCAGUUAAGAAUGUUCAUUCUUGCAGAGCGUCCUACUUCAGUGUCUAUGUGAGUUCCCAUGUUGGGUGACUCUCAACUGCCUGUACCUCCAGCUCUAAGGAGAUCCAGUGCCUCCUACCUCAGGCCUCUAUAGGCACCUGUACUCACAUAAUAAGAUCUCUUAGAGAUUUUAUUAACCUAAAUUUUAGCAGUAAGUUUUAAUCUCAUAGCUAACUCUUAGUUUAAGACAGAUUUCAAAUCCUUUUCCAGAGGACAAGAGUGUUUUAGAAAUGCCUCAAGGGCGAUUCAAGACUGUCACACUGAUAGAAAUCGUUUUUAGACUCUGUUUGUUUGUUUGUUUUUGUUUUUCGAGACAGGGUUUCUCCGUAUAGCCCUGGCUGUCCUGGAACUCACUUUGUAGGCCAGGCUGGCCUCGAACUCAGAAAUCCGCCUGCCUCUGCCUCCCAAGUGCUGGGAUUAAAGGCGUGCACCACCACUGCCCAGCUAGUUUUUAGACUCUUGCUGAUAGAAGACGUGAUAUGUCUACUUUUAUCUAAUUUUAGUUGUUUAAAACUAUAAAAGUCCUGCAGUUUCUGACUUAUGUAUAGAACUAUGUAAAUCUAAGCAUUUGAAAACACCUUUGAAAAAAUUUUUUGAUGUAUAAUUAAUAUAAAAAUAUGCAUGAAGUGUAAAAUUUAACAAGUUCUGGUGCAUAUCUAUGUUUGCAGUGCUGUGUGGUUUGAAUUGAGAAUGUCUGCCAUAGGCUUAGCUAUUUGAACACUUGACACUCUCCACCCCUGCCCACAUUGGUGUAGCUGGGGAGGCUAUGGAGCCUUUGGGAGGUAGAACCUUACUGCAGGAAGUACAUCACUAGCAGGCUUGGAGUAUUUAUAAUCAUUCUCUCUGCUUGUGUUUGUGUUUUAUGAUAUGAGCUCACAACAGCCUGCUUUCUGCCUCCAUGCCUGCUGCUUGCUGCUGGGCUUCUCCACCGUGAGGACUCUGCUGGAACUGUAAGCCCAAAUAAACUUUCUCUAUAGGUUGCCUUGGUUAUGGGUUUUAUCACAGCAACAGAAUAUGCUAUUUUGCUCUGGAGACUUUAGAUUUGUUCAGACUUUAUGAUUUUAAAUUAAUUUUAAUAUAUUUCAUAUAUUUUAAAACUUGGUACAUUUUGCUAUUGUGUUGUUGAUACCUAUAUUCCUGCUAUUUUUUGUCUACUUGAUUUGUCAGUUUCCAGGAGAUACUAAAAUCUAUAUAAGUUUGCUGAAUUUUAUUCUAUUUAUUUUGAGCCUAUUUUCUAAGCACAUAUAAAUCUAAUUUAUGUAUUAUCUUAAUAUCCUUCUUUAUUGCUACUCAUGUUCACUGUCUUGAAUGUAAUUUUGUUUUUCAUUAUAUUAUUAUUAUUAUUAUCAUCAUCAUCAUUAUUAUUAUUACAGUUUUGUUUGAGGCAGGACAUUACUAUGUAGCCCUGACUGUUUACAACUCAUAGAGAUCCACCUGCAGCUGUCUCUUGAGAGCUGGGAUUAAAGGCAUGCACUACCCUUCCUGGUUUUGUUCAUUUUUUUUUCUUUUUUGGUUUUUUCGAGACAGGGUUUCUCUGUGUAGCCCUGGCUGUCCUGGAACUCACUUUGUAGACCAGGCUGGCCUUGAACUCAGAAAUCCGCCUGCCUCUGCCUCCGAGUGCUGGGAUUAAAGGUGUGCACCACCAUGCCCGGCAGCUUUUUUCAUUUUUAAAUUACUUUUAAGUUUGUGUUAUGUAUAUGUGUGUGUGCACACACAUGUGCCACAACUCGCUGUAGUCAGUUCUCUCCAUCCCCUGUGUGGGUUCUGGGGACUGAACUCAGCCAUUAACCAACUGAGCCAUCUUGCUGCCUGAUUUUAUCUUAAUAGCAACUAUUUAUUUUAUUGUACUAACUUGUAAAGUGUGUGUAAAUUAUAAAUACCAGGUGUAAUUAAAUGGUUAUAAAGUACACACCCAUGUAACAACCAAGCUGUACUCCAGCCCAGGUGUGGCUGUCUCAUACUCCUAAGCUCCCAGAGGUCACUAGCAUCCUUUUAUGUCAGUCACUUCCUCUGAUUUCAUGAGCAUGCCUGAACCAAUAUAUUUGCCUGUUUUAUAAAAAAAUAUAAUUGCAGUCUCCCUUUCGUUCAGUGUUGUGGUUGAGCUAUACAUCCGUGUAUGCUCAGUCUAGGCCAUUUGUCGUCAUUGCCGUGGAGUGUUGUCCCCUUGCUGUGUUUUCCAGAUUGUGGCUGUGGUAAACUGUGCUGCUGUCGGCAUAUAUCCCAUACAGGUGUGCAAGGCUUCUAGCAUAUGUAUCCCAAACCAAAACUGCUAGACCUCAGAGGCAAUUGCGUCUGUGUACAUAGAAAGCAAACCAGUGUCUGCUCUACACAGCUCCACGAUCAGGACUGCAUGCUUGCUCAUUCUGUCUGCUUGUUCUUGUCAGUGUGAAGAGGGGAACCCCCUGAACUGGAUGAAUCAAUGAGAUACAUGCAGUUUUAAAGGAGAGGUAUAUAUGCUGUUUGCUUUAAAAGCCAAUGGUAAGACAAAGGCGUACAUACUCAGAGAAACACCUAGUGCCUUUGCCAUAAGGGAACUUGCUGUUUAUCCUAGGCCCAGGCCCUAUGCCUUUCAGACUAACCAGCCUCCUCCUCUUUCUUGUCAUCAGAAAACAAGAUUCUGUUUCUGAGUGCUGAGAGGGAGGGAGUGGCUGGGGAGCUUCCUGUGAGUAGUGAGUGAAUGGUUUACGUUUUUAAAUUCCCUUGAAAAAAUAGUUGAGACAAAUCAAGUACUGUACUGUGUGACCCAGCCCUGUUGACUCACCCCGGCCCUCUUCUGAGAAGAGCGAGCAGGGAUGCCGGCCAUGGAGAAGGGCCUCCUCACACUUCCACAGUGAUGAUCUGGCUUCUUUCGUGUACUGUGUUGGCCUUGGAGGCUGCAGUGACCCCAGAGCCAGGCUGAAGGACAGCACAGAAGUUCCCAGUGGACAUCUGGCCAGGGGCUAAUUGAAGAAUGGGGCUCAAGAAAUCCUGAAGAUCAGCAGGAGAGACAUCUGGGAUGGCUCUCUUUGGAUCACUGGUCCCCAGUAACCCAGGACCAAAUGUGAUGUAAUAUGGAACUCUGGGUAUCCUGGGAGAUUCUCAUGCUGUCAUCUAUCCCACUCUGAUGUCAUAGACCUUCCCACCAUCAGUACACAGUAGGUGAUCUUGAGGCCUAACAUGGUUUACUACCUCCGAGUCCCCUGCCCCAUUAGGGUACAGUCUAUUAGGCUUAGCACAGUGUCCAGCACUCUUAAGUGCCUGGUGCGUUUCAAACCUCCAAAGCUUUCCUUGAUACCAGCUAUGUAUCACAGAAGUCACGGCCGCCUUGAGUUCCUCUUACACCUCGAUUCAUUCACUGACCAUUCCAGCACAUUCUCUACCAUUCAUUUCAUCUCAUAGACUUUCUGCCUUUUAGGCAGCUGUCAGUGUCCCUAAGCUGCCCACAAAACCCUUAGAAGCUCCGAGGUCCAGGAUGAGUUUUACCAUCACUUGUCACUGCCAGCUGCCGAUAGGCCUCCUUUAGUUUGGUGUUUGGUGCGAUAGCUUCAGUCCCCAGCACAGGAAGAGCGUUCAUCCUCAGGAACCCCAGCCAUGAUCAAGAAUGAAACCAUUUAGUCUUCUAGUGGGCUAGCAAGAGCACCCCUAGCUUAUAUGUGCAUCACCCUGCUGAUCAGUCUUCUACUUGAUCCAAAGCAACUUCAGCCAACCACACUGAACUCAUAGCUCGCUGUCUCUCUGCAGAGUUAAGCAAUGUUGCAGGGCUUAAGAGUCCAGCCUAACUAGUCAAUCCAUCCCACCAGAAACCACCAACUGAACUAUAGACAACCCCAAAAAGAGAAUCAGAGGCAGGAGCAGAAAAGUACCCACUGCCUAAGAAAAUGGGUGAGUAGCCUUGCCCCGUAGUAAGUUAUUGUUCAGAAGCUGGAAUAUCAUGUAGGUCCAGCUGCUCAGGUGCCAUGUCCUAGACCCUUACUGACAGUCAGAAAAAGCCUUCCAGCGCCAUGCAUACGCACGUACCUAAUGUGAUCACCUGACACCUCUCUGUCCAUGUUGACACAGUUCCUCGUGUUUCCCACAUCCCAAGGCCUCUGCCCUUAGCCGCCUGAUUUGGUUUUCAGCCUAGCUGGGGUCAAGCCAGAACCUAAGAUGUCCAUGUCUUUACUCCUGUGUAUCCUUGGAUGGAAAGUGGCAACUCUGUUCUCUGAAGCCGUUUCUACUAGACGUGAAAAUACAAUCAUGGGAGUUCCAGAAGUACCUCCAGCUCUUCAUCUUCCCACGGGCUUGAGCAACAUGAGGGCAAACAUAGCUGGAAGAGCUUCUCAGAAGGAAGGCUUUCAGGGUUCCACGGCAGCAAUAAACAGAUGGAGUGGAAAUUAAAAAAAAAAAAAGUGUUCCCAUCCUCCUGGUACUCAGCGUCAUUCUCUUAAGAGAUUCCGGUCUACUCCUGACUCUUCUGCUGAUCAUGCCUCUCUCUGAACUGCAUUCUCACCUCUGUGAAUCUUGGACUGCUUGGAGGCCAUGACUUGGUCCUGUGUGGUCUGUAUGUACUUACGACCAGAGUGCCAUUUGAGGCAGCAAGUCCCAUUAGUCCUGAAAUGAAAGCCCUAAUGUGCCUAUUUCUAGAAGGGUGUUUGUACUGGGUGGUUCUGUGUCAACUUGACCCAAGUAGAGUCAACAGAGAGGAAGGAGCCUCAGGUGAGGAAAUGCCUCCUUGAGAUCUAGCUGUAAGGCAUUUUCUCAAUUAGUGGUCAGUGCGGGAGGGCCCAGCUCAUUGUGGGCGUUGCCAUCCACCGACUGGUGGUCCUGGGAGCAAACCAGUAAGCGGCAGCCUCCAGGUCCCUGCCCCUUUUGAGUUCCUGUCCUGACUUUCUUCAGUGAUGAUCAGCAGUAUGGAAGUGGAAGCCGAAUAAACCCUUUUCCCCUCAGCUGGCUUUUGGCCAUGGUGUUUCAUCACAGCAGUAGAAACUCUUCUUUUUGUAGCUUUUAUGUCACUGAUAUAAGUUUGGAUGUUGAAUAGAUUUGGUUAACCCUAACGUGUCCUGUCCUUGAGCCUGAGGCCAGGGGGAAUGUAAGCAGAUCCCUUGGCUCUGCCUGCCUUCACUUAGAAAUUACCUUUGCAAUUCUGAUUUCAUUUCCUAAUUGCUCAGAGCUACAAUUGAUUUUAAAAUCUACUUCUACUCAGCAGUCUUGCUAAAAAGCAUUCUGGUCAAUUCACAUGCCUUACCUUUAGAUUAUUUUAGAUUUGCAUGUAUGACAUCCUCUGCAUUUGUGUACAAGUUUUCUAGACGAUAUAUAUAUCGUCUAGAAAAUAUAUUCAAAAUGAAAGUGUCCAGUUUUAAGGGGAAGGUGCUGUGUGAUAUCACGUGACUACUACAUACUGUGCAGCUUGGGCAAUACUGAUUAUUUGGCUAACGAUGUGAAUGGAGAAUUGUCAGUGAUUUUUGAGGUAGGAACAUUAACUAUAAAAGUGGUUGGUUUUAGACACUCUUGCUUCUUUUUUGCCCCACAACAUGGGCUGCGAUGUGGGGUUGAGUAGAAGCAGUCUCUUCUUACCAUGUUUGCUACCAUUCAUAUAAACUGAGUUGAAUGUGUUCUUGGGUAUAUCCUUUUCAUCGUAUUGUCUUUUAAGUGGUCCUCUUUGAAGCAAUGUACAUUGCUGUGCUUUAUUUCAAACUAUUAGUUGCUAUUCUAGAUUUUUCAAUAUGCUUUAUUGUGUUAUGAAUGAGGUCUUUUGACCAUCCUCUUUGUAUUUUGUAUUGUUUUUCUUUAUACUCCUAUCUCCUCAUUGGGAAAUGGUUCAUUUUUCUUUAUAAUGUCUUCUCCACUACUGACUUGAAAGUUUCAUACUUCAGUUGUCUUUUUUUGUUGAUUUUGCUGAUCGUCAUAAAAUUCUGUAUAUAUACUUUCUCACCCAGUAGGCAGAAGCCACACUGUUUCUUGAAAGAUUAAUAUAAGAAUUUCUAACUAAUAAAAGGUGGUUGACCACUAAAAGGGAAGUGGCGAAGAAGACUCUCACAGGUCCUUGCUGUAACUUGAGAAAAUGUAUACUACCUCCAAGAGCUAAGGGGCAGCAGGCAAGAAAUGAGCUUAGAAACAUAGCUAAGCACCUGUGCUGUGCUGAAUCGGACCUCAGGUGCUGGCACAGGAAUCCUCAGUCCACUUAGCUGAGCAACUUAAGAUGGUGGACUGUUGCUAACACAGACGGCCAGGGCUGUGCUGGCAGAGCCUGAGAGUGUAAGUUACUAUGAACUGCCCUUAAACCAUUCGGCUAAAGAGACUGCUCAUCAGAAGAAAAGCUGUCAUCUUUCUCCUCGCAGUAGCCCUCCAUCGUCCUCUGUUGUCAAAGCCCGAAUCAAUCCUACUUCAGAGCUGCGAUCUGCAGCUUAAGGUACAAGUAACUGACCUUCCUCGUGUUGAGAGCUCAUGCUCUCAGGCUCUGCUACCACAGCCAUGGCCCUCCAGGUCAUUCCAUAUAUCCAUGCAGAUGUGUGUUUUUAAGAUGCAUUUCUGAUUGUACACAUGGGGGCAGGUGUGUGCAUCUGUGCGUGCAGGCGCUCAUGGAGAUCAUCUGUAGCAGUGGCUCUCAACUUCCUCACGCUGUGACCCUUUACUACAGUUCCUCAUGUGCUAACCCCCAACCACAAAGUUAUGUUUGUUGCUACUUCAUACUUAUAAUUUUGCUAUGAAUUGUAAUGCAAAUAUCUGUGUUCUGGUAGUUUUAAGUGACCCCUGUGAAACUUUGAGGCUCGUUGGACCUCAGAGGGGGUCAAGACCCACUGGCUGAGAACUGCUGCUCUAGAGCUGAUAGGUGGUUGCAAGCCACUCAUCAUGGGCUCUGACUGCUGAGCCAUCUCUGCAGGCCUAGUUUUAUAUUUUUGUUUUUCUUUUUCUUUUUGAGACAAGAUUUCUCUGUGUAGCCCUGGCUAUCCCAGAACUUGCUUUGUAGACUAGUCUGUCUUUAAACUCAAGAGAUCUGUCAGCGUCUGUCUCCCAAGUUCUGGGAUUAAAAGUGUAUGCUAUCAUGCCUGGCUAUAUUGAAGUUUUGUUUCUGGUUUUUUGUUUUUCCCAUGAAGACUUGAAUACUUUUAAGAUGUCAGCCUAAUUUUCUUGUUUUUCUUCUUGCUGAUACCCCCCUACGUGUCAUAAGUGUGAGCUUUAAGGCUCUGCAGGGUUCCAGGUUCAAGACCAGUUUUGUAGUUUGGGUGUAUUAUUAUACCAGCUUGACUAUGUAUACUGUCAGGCCCUACACUCCAAUAGCAGAGAGUUGCUGUUCUCUAUGCUACUGCUAAGUGGUCCUUGUCCUUACGUGAUACCCGUCCUCAGGUGUAUGCUAACAAUUUGGUCUCCAUGCUGUAACCUCCUUUAACUCCUGUACGCUGCUCUAGGCUUUGUCUUUAUAUCAGCACUAGAAACUUCACCUGGGAUACUUUUACAUUGACCAUGUUCGUUGUUUAACUAGGUGUAAUUGCUUGAAUGAGAAUGUUCCGCAUAGCCUUAGCUAUUUAAAGGCUUGGUCACCACUUGGUGGCCUUGUUAAAGGAAGUGCUUCCCUGGGAUCCAGAUUUGAAAGCUUAAGGCCUCACCCUACUUGUCAUUCGUGGUUUGUGCUUUCAGCAUAAGAUGUGAACUCUUAGCCUCCUGUUCCUGCCACCAUACCUGCUCCCUGCAGCCAUGCUGCACCCUGUCAUUGUGGAACUCUCUAGAACCAUUUGGUAAAGUGAAUUCUGAAAGGUGCUUUGGCUGUGAUGUUGUGUUUCAGCAACAGAGGGGUAAUAUAUGCAUUCUUUAUGUGUUUUGGGGAGUGGCAGGUUUUCCCAUCUGCCACCAUCAAUUCUAGGGUGGCUAAUAAUUAUGUGAUACAGCCCUUUCUCUUUGUGGCUCCACUUUCAUGAUACUCGUCUAUGCAGGGAAAAACUACAGUGUCAUCAUUAGGUGAGGUGGGUGUCAACUGCCAAAUUUUAUUGUGAGAUUUUAAGAUAGAAAUGUCAGGCUGAGGAAUUGUUUGCUCAGUCAAAAAGUAUGUGUCUUGCAAAUACUUUUGAGUUUGAGUCCCAGAACUUAAAUAUAAAAAGUAGGUAUGGUGAUGGUGCAUCUUGUAUUCCCCAGACUGGGGAAGCUGGAGAUUUGGAUGCCUAGGAUUCACUGGCCAGCCAGUCUAGCUAUUUGACAAGUUCCUGGCCAGUGAGAGGUCCUAGCACAAAGAAAAAAAGGGAAGGGGAUCCUUCAGUCUCUUUCUCUCUCCACACACAAAUAGAAAUAUACACACAAGUAGAAAUAUUUACAAAACUUUUAUUAUGCAUCAAGUAGUCUGUGGUUCAAUUGGGAUAUAGUCUAAAACAUUUAUCAAAGUAGUGUAGUUGCUUAGUAUGUAACCAAGUACAGAGCUUGUAAACAUUAAAAAACUAAUGUUACAACACUAAGAAUUGUUUUUUGUUUUUGUUUUUGUUUUGGAAACAGGGUUUCUCUAUGUAGCCUGUCCCAGAAGUUCCUCUGUAGACCAGGCUGGCCUCGGACUCAGAGAUCCACCUGCCUACACUGAGAAUUGUUAAAAUGGACGGUGCUACACAGGAAGAGACCAUUCCAGUAUGGACUGGCCAUUGGAAAGGACGGCACAGUAUCUGGACUGUUCUGUGUCCUCAGGAUGCUGCGGAAUGAACACACAUCUGCGCAAGAAUACAGUAGCAGAAACCACAUCUCACACUUGAUAGGGGAGUUGGAACUAUGAAUAUUACAGUCUAUAAUAAAUAACACAUAACCUA